AUGAAGCCAGAAGAGGAUGGCAAGAAGGAGGAGACAGGAGAAGAGGUGGUGCACCUACGAAGAGAGAUCGGUCUGCUGUCAGCAGUGUCCUUCAUCAUUGGCACAGUGGUGGGCAGUGGCAUCUUCAUCGCACCCAAGGGGGUCCUGAUGAACAGUGGCAGCGUGGGGCUCUCCCUGCUGGUGUGGGCGCUCUGUGGGGUCCUCUCUUUGUUUGGUAAGUCGAUUGAUGGUGUAACUCAUGUUUGCUGUUACAGUUUAACUCUGGAAUUGAUCUACUAAAUAAUGUGAAUCAAAAUUGACAUAAAUUGACAUAAUUUUUCCAGUUUUUAUGGGACAACUUAGGGAUGAUUUGUAGCAUGGUUUAAUGCCAGCGUUCACUUUUUCAGUUUGAAAACCAUCAAACUUUGUUGAACCCCCCGACUGUAUUUGAUAUUUUUCUCUGGUCUGCUUUCUUCACCAUUAGGGGCGUUAUGCUAUGCCGAACUGGGCACCAGUUUUACAAAGUCAGGGGGCCACUACACAUAUCUCCUGGAGACACUGGGACCUCUGCCGGCCUUUUUACGACUCUGGGUUGAGUUCUUAUUCAUCAGGUUGGUUGUCUUUGUUUUUUUCCUAUCUGUUCUGAUUUCAGUGUCCCAAAAUACAGCUAAGUGGUAAUAGGCAAUAAAUUUUGAUAUUUUUUCCAAGAAAAGCCCAAAGUAUUGAUUGAUAUAGAAUAUAUAGAAAUGAUUUUACAGGAACUUUGAAGUGAAAUCACUUUUCUUUUCCAGACCUGCUGUGGCCUCCUAUGUGUCCCUGGCUUUUGGUCGCUAUGUUGUGGAGCCGUUCUUUGAACCUUGUGCUGCUCCUACAGCACUAAUCAAACUUGUUAGCAUCCUUGGAGUGAGUGAGUGGUGGCCAACAUAAUCCUCUCUCUAUAAACAGUUAUUUUAAACAUCUUUUGUAUCCUCAAAGAGUACUAAAUAUACUGAACUUUUAUGAAUAUUUGAUUUGUGUGUUUUAGCAUUUGUCGUGGCGGUCAACUGCUGGAGUGUGACCAUGGCCUCUCGCACUCAGGUCACUUUGACGUUUAUUAAGAUGUUUGCACUGGUCCUCAUCAUCAUUCCUGGUGUCAUUGCACUGGCAAAAGGUAGAAGGAAAUAGUUGUGGAUCCAAAAGGCAAUCCUCCAAUUUUCAAAUGAUGUAAAUUUGCUAUUUCUGUUGUAAAACUUUGUCUUUCUCUGCGUUUUCUGCUUUUAAGGAAAAACAGAGAACUUCCAGAAUGGAUUUGAGAUUGAAACUUUAACACUGGAUAAGUUACCACUUGCCUUCUAUAAUGGCCUGUAUGCGUACGGUGGAUGGUAAGAAAGUGUGCAUUAGAGUAUGAACAUUUACACAAACAUAACCGUGGAGGAUAUGGAGGCUGUAAUUUCCAUUUUUUUCAGGUUUUAUCUGAACUUUGUCACAGAAGAAGUCAUAAACCCGAACAGGUAUUUCAAUCAAACAUUCCUUCCUCACUCUAAUCUUUAUAAAAGCCUUACCGUCUUGAAAUUAUCAUCGUUUCUCUGCUUGUAUCUUGUCUCAUCAGAACCAUCCCACUGGCAAUAAUCUGCUCCAUGGUGACAGUGACGGUCUUUUAUGUGCUUGUUAAUGUGGCCUAUUACACCAUGAUGACUCCCGCUGAGCUGCUGCGCUCUGAUGCUGUAGCUGUGGUCAGUGGUGGGCCUGAAAAAAGAAAAUCUUUUAAGUUUUAAGGGUCUUGGGAGUUUAAAUGAUGGUCUAAUCGAGCUUCUGAUGGCCUGCAGACAUUUGCGAACCGUGCUCUCCAGGGCUUGUCUUCUGUGAUUCCCAUUCUUGUGGCCCUGUCCUGCCUUGGCGCCCUAAAUGGUGGCUUCUUUGGGUCGCCCAGGUAAUCUUAACCCAGACUGAUGUUUUCCUCUUUGUUUUUUGUAUUUCUGUUUCUCAACUAAAAAUGGCAACAAAGAUUCUGGUUUUAAGUUUUUGUUUCUAUAUUGCAGGAUGCUGUUUGUGGGAGCCAGAGAGGGUCACUGGCCCCCAAUCUUCUCCAUGAUUCACAUCCGCAGACAACACCUUUACCUGCUGUGCUGUUCCUGGUAAACACUUUUUAUUCUAUUUUAUUUCAUCUAAUUGAGUUAAUCUAAUUAGGAAAAAACACAUAUUUGAGCAGUAUGCGUCAAUGUAAAUAUGUCAGAAUUAGCACAAUAGCUGUUUUUCCUCUAGAUUGUGUGUUUUCUUAGUAGAAGUAAAAAGUAAUCUGGUUACAUGUAAGUACACAGAUAAAAGUAAUCUAAGAGAUAUAAUUUCAGUAGUCAGAAAAAAAAGUCACUUUAUGACUUACAAUCAGAGUAGUCAGGAAAAAAUAAUCUGAUUAUAUGUAACCAGGGAAUUUAAGAAAAAGAAAUCUAAAUACAUGUGAUUGAAGUACUCGGGAGAAAGUAAUCUGAUUAAAAUUUACUUAAGAGUUUAAGUCAAAGAAAUCUAAUUACAUGUUAUUUGAGUGCUACGGAAAGAGUAAUCUGAUUGUAUGUUUGUGAGCCCUUCAUUGCAAAAAGUAGUCAAUUACAUGUCAUUUAAGUUUUCGGUAAAAAGUAAUCUGAUUACAUGCAAUCUGAUUACUGAUGAAAAGUAAUCUGAUUAUUUAUAUUCUGAUUUUUGAGGAAAAAGUAAUCUGCUAAUGUGUAUUGUAAGCACUGAACAUAAAGUCAGUCACUCAGAAAUUUAUUCAACUCUGUAGACUAUCAGCAAAACACAACAAUUAAAUUGAAAUCACACGUGUAUUAUUUUUUAUCAUGAAAUAAAACUGCUUAUUGAUAAACACAUCACUGUUAUGAAAUAUCUGCCUCUUCACAAGAUCAUAAACUCUGAGAUGGAUAUUAUUAAUCCAUCAGUUUGUUAAUCAAGUCAACAGGCUCUCAUUGAUUAGAAAUCAUUUAUUUACCUAACACUUCUGGUGCUCUGGUAGUCUCCCUCCAGUCAGCUGCACCUUUAUUUGUGUUUCUGUCCUGAAAUGAGGAGGUAUCAAACAGCUUGUCCUUCUAUAAUCUUUAUGACUUCAAACAGAAACAGGUUUGGUUUAGUUGUGGUGUUGGGGCCCACUGUGGUGUCUUUUCAUGGGGCCCAGAAUCCCUGAUGACACCCCUGCUCACAGCUGACACAGACAACUGUUUGAUAUGCCAACACUGUUAUGUUGUGUGUCUGCAGUACCCCCUGGUGGUGUUGA